AUGCGGCGGAGUUUACUGCCCGUCUUCGCACUUCUGAUACCCUCUCUAGUCGACGCGCUCAAUUAUAAAUGUCACAAUAAUCAGGUUCUCGUUGUUCAAUCUUUCGGAAAUGACACAAUUCGAAUGCAUUGCCAACAUCUUGACCUUUGUGGCUAUCAGAAGUUGAAGUGCGAUUAUGAUGACAACCAGCCACAGUGCGGUGGAAAACUCAAUUUUGUAUCUCACGUCAAUCAGAAGAAUCCGACUUCACCGGUGGAGCACACUUGCUGCAAUCUCUUUAAUCCUAGAGAGCCUCACACAGUGCCCACUCACACCGGAAACGACUGUUUUAUCUAUGAGUUACCAGAUGGUACCUCGAAUGAAAAAAAAACUGAUCCAGCUCCAGCCGAUGAUGCUCCUUAUGCAGUUCUGAAGAACCCCGCUGAAAUUCCUGAGCAAUUCGACGGAGUCACUGGAUAUCGCUUGAGACUUUUCUUGUUGAAGAAUAAAGCUCCUCCAACGCUUCUCGUGAAAGGAAUCGAGCGCAGAUUGGAUGGCUAUCGUGUCACUAUUUGCCGUCCAAGAUGUACUGCUAUUGAUGUUGCCGCUCGCGGAACCGGAGAAGAUGGCGAAUGGAAGGCUAUCACAUGGAGCAGCUGGUCAUCAUCGUCGUGGAGUUCGUGGGCUCGAAGUGCUUUCAACAAGGCUUCGGAGAAUAGCGAACGAGUGCGAACUCGUGCUCCAAUCGAGCCGGCCAAGGAUAAAGAUAAUAAUAUCAAUAUCAACGUCGAGGCAAACGGAAACAACAACAACUCUUUCGGAAAAGGCGGAGAUCACAAAUCGGAAGGUUCUAAUAGCCAUGCAAACGCUGGAGGAAACACCAACACGAACACUAAUGGAAGUGGAUCGGGUGCUGGAAAUAUCAAUAUCACUAUUCAUACUGUUGGUGAUAAGCAUAAUGGAACCGGGCCAGGAGCUGUAGCAGUUGCGAAUGCGAAUGUCACAGUCAAUAAUCACGGAUGGCAAGGAGGCGCAACAGGAAAUGGAGGUGGGGCUGGAGGAGCAGGUGGAGCUGGUGCUGGUGCUGGUGCUGGUGCUGGAGCUGGAGCUGGCGAUAAAAAUGGUGCGGGAGCAGGAGCAGGAGCUGGAACGGGAACAGGCAAAGGAGACACCGGCGGUAAAGGAGGCACUGGUAAAGGAGAUCGUGAUGGAGACGAUAAAAGUGGAAAAGGUUCUGGAAAGGAUAAAGUCGAAGGCCAAUGGAAGGAUGAAGACGAUGAAGAUGAAGGCGAUAGAGGUGACGAUAGCGGAGAAAAUGGAAAUGGAAAGAAGCCUGAUGGAAACAUCAACGUCAAUAUUCAUGAGCCUGACGAUAAUGAUUUAUUGGAAAAGGAAGACGGAAAGAAGCCGAUGAAGGGAUCUGGAGAGAGAGGUGACGAGAAAGAAGGCGAGAAUGAAGUUGGUUCGAGCGGUGGAGCUGGAGGAGAUGGCGAUAAUGGCAACGGAAACGGUAGCGGCGGGAACAAAGGAGAUGGAGCUGGAGGAGACGGAGACGGUAAUGGAAACGGAAACACUGGAAAUGGCAAAGGCGGCAACGGCAAUGGUAACGGUAAAGAUGGCAAUGGAGCUGGAGGAGAUGGUGGAGAGAAUGGAAACGGAAACGGAGGAACUGGAGGAGACGGCGACGAAAACGGUAAUGGCGGAAGCGGCGGAAACGGAAAAGGACCAAAUGGAAAUGGAAACGGAAAGAAUGGAGAAGGAAAUGCAGGAAAUGGCGGAAGCACUGGCAAUGGUUCUGGUGGAAAUGGAAAAGACAAAAAUGGUUCUGAUAAAGGAAAGGAUAAGACGGGAGGAAACAAGAAUGACGAUAAAGACGGCAAGAAUGGAACGAAGAAAGACAAGGAUGGAAAGAAUAUCUCCGGAUCUGGUGGUGGAACGAAUGGAAAGGAUGGAUCUGGAGGAAAGAACAACACUGGAAAGGACAACAACAAGAAUGGAGGGGCUAGUGGAUCGGGCUCCAAGCCUGGCAAUGGAAAAGACAACAAGACCGGUUCCAACGGAAAAGAUAUUGUUGGCUCUGGAGGUGCUGGAAACAGGCCCAAUGGAGGAGGUGCUGGAAACAGGCCCAAUGGAGGUGGUUCUGGAAACAGGCCCAACGUUUCAGGAAAUAAUAAAAACAUCAGCGGUGAUGGCGGCGAUGACGAUGAUGGUGGUGUCGAUGUGACCGAUGAAGCCGUGCAGCCAACACGUGUGACUCAAGCUGAAAUUGACAAACUGGAGAAAACAAACCCUGAGCCAAACCUUCAUACCAUUCUGAAAACGAAAAUUGCUGAAGAAACUAAAGAACCAAAGAAUAAGGUAUUGAAUCGAAUCCAGAUGAGAGCUGGUGAGGCCACUGAUAGCUCUUCUUCAACAUCUGCCGAUAGUGGAUCGUCCCAACCGUCUUCAGAAAGCGGCGGAUCCUCUUCAGCAAAUAGUCCACAAACGACAGGAGCUAAUGGUCAAAGCAAUGUUGCGAAUGAUGCUGAUACAGCGAAUGACGCAGCGAAUGAUGCUGAUACAGCGAAUGACGCAGCGAAUGACGCAGCGAACGACGCAGGCGGAGGUGGAGGUGCUGGAGGUGGUGGAAGUUCCAGCUGCUUUUCGGGAGACACCAUGGUGACAACAGUGUCCGGACAGAAGAGAAUGGACGAAUUGAUGAUCGGCGACUAUGUCUUAGUGCCAUCGGCGGGAAAUGUGCUCAAAUACGAAAGAGUCGAAAUGUUCUACCAUCGUGAGCCGGAGACUCGCACCAACUUUAUUGUUCUGUACACGGAAAACGGACGCAAAUUGUCACUGACAGCACGCCAUUUGAUACCAACAGCGGAAUGCCAAAUUGCUCGCAAAUGGGUGGAAUCGAUUGAUGGAAUCGAGAAUGCGAUGCGAGAGUCAAGAUAUGCGGACAAGGCGAGAAAGGGCGAGUGCGUGCUCGCUGUUGAUGAAAAUGGUCAAGUGAUUGCCGAUCGAAUUGUCAGGAUUGGACGCAAGACUGACAAGGGAAUUUAUUCACCAAUAACCGUAGAAGGAAGUCUUGUCGCCGAUGGAGUUCUAGCUUCGUGCUUCUCCCAUCUUGAAAGCCAUUCAGUGCACAAGGUCGUUUUCGACUUUUUAUAUACUAUCUAUAAUUUCUUCGGAAUGAUGAAGACAAGCGCUUACGUCGACGUGCAGCCAAUUCCGAGCUUUGUGACGUUCGUGCAGGACCUUUCGAAACAUGUGAUACCGUUCUCGUAA